CAACGAAUUCUACUUCACAAAUAGUUCACAUGACAACCAUAUUAUUUAAUUAUGCUGAAAUCUCACCUGUUCCUUAUUAUUCUAAAUACAAUUUACCUAUUCAUAAUCCUCGUGGUGUCGAUGCAUUUAUUUUAAAAACUGUUUGCCAAAAACAAUUUAUGUUCAAUUUAGCCUAUAGUUACAAUUUUGAAAAAUCAAGUUGGAGUUGGAUAUCUGAUUUGUCAAAUAAAACUGAUUUAAUUGAAAUGUUAACAAUUCAUUCUUAUGACAUUGAUAUUGCUAAAAAGUACCAUCGGAAAUUUAACAAAACAAAAUUAAUCGAUUGUAUUGAACUAGAUUUAAAAAAUACUAAAAAUUAUGUAGAAGCCGCGAAAACAUUUUUAAA